AUGGAGAGAAUCAACCUUCUGUUCAUCUGGAUGGCCCUAUCCGUUCGCGCAAUCCUGUUGAUCAUCACGAAGUAUGGACAUGCAUUUGUGGCACUCCUUACCUUUCUCUGGGGCAUCACCGUUUUUACCAAUGCCGCUGCUGUUCUUGAUGGAAGUCUUUCUUCCAAGGCCUUCACUCUUCGGGGGGUCACCGCACCACCAAAGGUAGGAGCUACAGGUGGAGCUGGAAAGGGGGGCAAGGGGGGCGACGCACCUGGUGGUCCUGUGGCACCCGGUGGUUCUGGUAGCGCUGCUGGGGACGGCAGUCGUGUGGUAGGGGGAACUUUGGUUAGGCCAAGCACCGAACUCCGGACUAUCGAACAGGAAGGGUUGGUCAGAAGCGUUGAAAACAAGGAAGUUAAUACUCCGGGUUGGAUGGAGGGCUAUGCCGGCGACGUUAAAAAUGGAUGGAAGGUGUUCCAUAUCAAACAAGGGGCUCGACGAGGUGCCGUUGUGGCUGACUAUUUGGUCCACCCUGAAAAUCAAGCCUACAUCACCCAAUUUGUUAAGACAGAAAACAUCAACAUGAAGUACCGAGACAUCGUGGUCGACAACUACAAGUCAGCAACCAAUGGCCAUACCAACCCGAAGGUCAUUGGAACAGAAGACAUCCAGCAGCCUGCCGCUAGAGCUUCCCUAGAGGCGGCAAUCAGGGCACAGGGAAAGGAUGUAAACAAUAUCGACGGUGCACCUCUCGAAUUUACUCCGACAUCGCGUGGAUGGACAGAGAUCAUGACAAACAAUGCAUUCACGGAAGGUCAAAUGAAGAUGUUGCCCAGCCUUUCUGAUGGCGGAAAAACGGUCAGCAUUCAGAAGUUUACUAUUGUCGCUGAGGGGAAAGAUAGCCCAGAUCUCCAUCUGAUUACAACAAUUGUAUAUACCUAG